AGAAACACCGAGGAUUGGUAUUUCAUCAUGAGGCCUACCGGUUAAAGGGGGCGUGUACAUUAGGACUAAAUGAUGUACGCUACAGAAAAGACCAAUUGGACAAUAUCUUAUUGAAUUAGCACACCUGCGGGCCAAUUACAGAUGAGAAGUCCUGAUUGACAUUCAGGAUGACCAAUGAAUUAACUCUGCUUCUAAAACAUAAACACCCGCCUUUACAGUAAGUCUGAGCCAAUAGUAUGCGGAAACGUGCUGAUUGACGCUCAGACUGACCAAUGAGCGUUUUCGGGACGGACACGAACGAGAGCUCGGCAGGGUUUUGUUGUUGUUUUUGUAAUCCAUAUGAUACAGGACGGCGUUUGUGCUUCUCUCUUCGAGCAGUUUUAGACCGACCGGAAACCUGGAAUGCACGUGAUAAAAACGUAUUAAUAUAUAUUUAUCUAUAGAUCUAUUUUUAGAUGUCAUGUCCGCAAUAGGUGUUGAAAAUGAGACAUUUAUAGACUGACCGCUACGGAGGGCUGUUUAUUUAUCCUUUAUCGUCACGAUGUUGUUUGCUCAUCCUGGCUAAAGCUAGCCUGUUAGCUGACGCGAACAGAAACUCUGUGAAGCCUCCCUCACAGUCUCCUCCUGUGUUUGAGGGAGUGUAUAAUAAUUCCCGGAUGCUCCAUUUCCUCACGGCUGUAGUUGGCUCUAGGUGUGACGUGCGGGUGAAGAACGGCAGUGUGUACGAGGGGAUCUUUAAGACACUAAGUUCAAGAUGUGAGCUAGCGGUGGAUGCUGUGCACAAACUAAGGACUGAGGAAGGGGAUGGCUGUGGAGGUGGUACAUCCACACACCCCAGGAGAGAGGAGAUCACGGACACCAUGAUCUUUAGCCCCAAUGACUUGAUCACCAUGACCUGCAGAGAUGUGGAUCUCAAUUUUGCUACACGAGACACCUUUACAGACUCGGCGAUCAGCUCGUCCAGAGUAAACGGUGAUCACAGAGAGAAGGUGCUGCAGAGGUGGGAUGGUGGAGACAGCAACGGAGAGAACUACGAUCUAGAUACAGACACAACUAAUGGUUGGGAUGCCAGUGAGAUGUUCCGCUUCAACGAAGAAACGUAUGGGGUGAAGUCCACCUAUGACUCGAGCCUCUCGAUGUACACGGUUCCUCUAGAGCGAGGUAGCUCGGAGGGUUUCCGGCAGCGAGAGGCGCGAGCUGCGCGACUGGCUAACGAGAUUGAGGCCAGCGCACAGUACCGCCACAGAGUGGCGCUAGAGAACGACGAAGGGAGGAGCGAGGAAGACAAGUUCAGUGCCGUGAUACGGGAUGGAGGCGAGAGAGAGAGGGGGAGAGACAGCCCUGGCUUCUCUGGCCCCGGGAGCCGGGACGGCAAAUACAUUCCCUUACCCCAAAGAGCGAGAGAACGAGAAAUCGGUACAUCCAGAGGUGACCGAGAAAGAGGAGGACCCUCGUCCUCUCUUCCUAAUCGAACGAACAGACCCGCCCCCUCGAGCUCGUCCCCCAGGCCACCUCUUCCUUCUGGCAGCGGUCAGCCCACACCGCCUUCUGAUAGGAAUAGUCCGUUGUCGAUCAGAGGUGGAUAUUCUCCCCACCAAGCACAGUGUAGCCCACCUGCUCAGCCCCGGCCCUUAGAGGCAGGCCAUGCCAGUCCUCCUGUCCCACACAUGCUCCCCCAUUCUCUUUCACACCCCCAGUCUCUGUCUGACUCUACACGACCUGUUAAUGGAGUGUCAUCUAGAACAUCUCCCAAAUCUCAAAGGCCUGCACAGCCCAGAAGCUUGCGUACCAACUCUCACUCUUCACCUACAGUCUCCCAUUCCCCCAAACCCGAUGCACCCAACCAGGAUCCCCCUCUGACCACUCCUACCUACCUGGACACCUCAUCAGUUACCAUGGUGACCCCGAAGCCCUCGGGCCCCACCCCACUCUUCCCUGUAGAUGUGAAUGAGAUCUUAUCCAAGGAGAGGACAGAGAGCCCUGCUAGUCCUCAGGAAGGCAAGGGCUGUAAAGCUGCCUCACUUCAGCAAAGGUCACAGAUUGAGGAACUUCGCAAGUUUGGGAAGGAGUUCAGACUUCACUCUAGCUCCUCGCCCUCUAGCCCCAACACUUCAGCCACACCCGGUGAUCCUGCUCAGCCAAGCCCUACCCAAAGCACACAGACAGACUCCACCCCUUCCGCAGAGCCCAAGGUGGUGUCGCCUACAACUACUCCAACACAGGAGCUUCCGUCAGAUGAAGCAGGCAGAGAAACGAGCGCCGACGGUCCGGCUGCAGCCACCCCGCCAUCUGUCACACCCGCCGUCACACCUUCUGUCACACCUGCUGGUGUUUCCCAACCAUCUGGUGCAGAUGGACAAACAGCAGUACCGCCCCAUCCUGCGAGGACACCAGGCAGGGAGGACGGCAGACCAGAGAUCGCGGACAGAGCGGAGGGUGUAGCUGAUCAAGUGAAGAAGUCCACACUAAAUCCCAAUGCCAAAGAGUUCAAUCCUGCCAAGGCACCUCUGACUAUGGUGAAGCCUUCUGCAACCCCCACGACUCCACGACCCACACCUCCAAGCCCCUCAGUGGUGCUCCAGCCUCCUACAGGACAAGGUACCAUGUACACCCCUCAGUACCUGGGCUACGUCUCAACAAUACCCUUACAGGGCCACUCUGUGCAGGCCCCUCAGAUGUACCAGUAUGCCGUGUCUACCGUGAGCCAGGGAAAGUAUCCCAGAGCUAAAGGCUCGGUGGUUCCCUCUCGUCCAGACCACAACUCGUCGGCACCUCCUAUGAUCCAGGCAGCGGCGUCGGCAGCAGGUCCUCCUCUUGUGGCUUCUCCUUAUCCUCAGUCUUACCUGCAGUAUAGCCAGGUCAUCCCUGCCAUGCCACACUAUCCUGGACAGCCGGUGUAUUCCAUGCUGCAAAGUGGAGCACGUAUGCUGAGUUCGGCGGGACACCCUCAGACUCUUGGACCUCCUGGUCCUCAAUACCCCGGCCAGUCUGAGGGACCCCCAGGAGCCCAGCAGGGCAUGUAUGCCCCCCAGUCAUUCUCUCAUCACUCAGGCUCCAUGCAUCCUCCGCAGCCCUCCACCACUCCCACCGGCAACCAGCCGCCCCCGCAACACCCCGCCCCCAGCCCAGGACAGUCUGGUCAGUCAGGUCCACAGCCACAGACCUUGUAUCAUUCAGCUCCUCUGUCAGCUCCCACUCCCCCUAACAUGCCCCCAGGCCACAGCUCUCCCCAGGCUUCAUACUACAGCCUGCCAGGACACCAGCCCCUACCCCACCCCUACUCAUCCAUUGGGCAGCUCACACAGGCUCAUGUCCAAGGACAACUGUCGGGUCCUCACCACUCUGGGGGUCAUGGGCCUCCUCCGAUGAUGCUGCUUCAUGCUGCCCCUCCUCCUCAACAGGGUCCUGGUUCUGGUCCUGGCCCCCAGCACCCCUCACAUGCACCCCCACCACCCCAACAAGGAACUCAUCAGCACUACACCUACAUCGGGCACCCGUCAGCUGUGCAGGUGCAGCCCCACCCUUCCCAGCAGCUGCCCUUCCACCCUCCUGGAAACUGAGUCAGAAUUCAGGCUCCAUCUGCCCCUUGUCUUUUGUGAUUUGAGUGAGAAUUCCUCUUGCUGAUUCUGGACCAGGCACAUCUACACUCUCUCUCUCUCUCUCUCUCUCUCUUCUCUCUCACACACACACUCGCGCUCUCUCUCUCGCUCUCUCUCUCGCUCUCUCUCACACACACACACACACACACACACACACACACACACACACACACACACACACACACACACACACACAAACACAAACUUCUUUCCCUUUGCUCCAGAAACAGACUUUUUUUGUUUUUAUUCUUAUCAAUUGGAAGGACUUUCCUUUUUUGUUUAAGUUGAAAGGACAGGUGCACAGAGUGUGUCUAAAAUGGAGGGAACGAGCAAACGAGUGAGAAUGACCAAGUGAGCAUGAUUGAAUGAAACAGCUGAAAGAAUGAAAUGUUUUAUAAAAAAAAAAAAAGCAAGAUUUCUCCCUUCCUCCUCAAACCCUAAUUAAAUAAAUAAUAAAAUGACUAAAAAAAGGAAAAAAAAAUAAAAUAUACAAAAAAUAAACAAAACUUCAAACUCUAAA